AUGCCGGGCGCCGGGGCGGCCCGGGGGCUGCCGACGUGGGUGCUGCCAACGUGGGUGCUUCUGGCGUGGGUGCUGCUGGCCCUGCCACCCAGCCUGGCCCAGCCCCAGCCCAGCGGGCGCCGGUGGGUGACGGAGAAGGAGGCCCGCUUCGACACCACCUACGCCGACUGGGUGGGCGCCGACCUGAUCAACAUCUACGCCUUCAACCACAGCGUCCGGCGGAACCGGACGGAGGGGGUGCGGGUGUCAGUGAAUGUCCUCUCCGACCACAAGGAUUUGCCCGUCCUCUUCGUGGUGAGGCAGAAGGAGGCCGUGGUCUCCUUCCAGGUGCCGCUCAUCCUCCGGGGCCUGUACCAGCGGAAGUACGCGUACCAGGAGGUGAGCCGCACACUCUGCCAGCCCCAGACCAAGGCGGAGGUGGAGACCCAGCACUUCUACGUUGACGUCUCCACGCUCUCCCUCAACGCCUCCUACCAGCUGCGUGUCACCCGCGUGGAGAACUUCGUGCUGCGGACAAACGAAAGGUUCAGCUUCAACGCCACAGCCGCCCAGCCGCAGUAUUUCAAGUACGAGUUCCCCGAGGGAUUGGACUCGGUGAUCGUGAAGGUGACCUCGGCCAUGGCCUUCCCCUGCUCUGUCAUUUCCAUCCAGGACAUCCUGUGCCCCGUCUACGACUUGGACAACAACGUAGCCUUCAUCGGGAUGUACCAGACCAUGACGAAGAAGGCGGCCAUCACGGUGCAGAAGAAGGAUUUCCCCAGCAACAGUUUCUAUGUGGUGGUGGUGGUGAAGACGGAGGAUGAGGCCUGUGGGGGGGCUCUGCCCUACUACCCCCUCUCCAAAAAUGCCUCACCAGAUGAACCCGUGGAUCAGCACAACCGGCAGAAGAUGCUGGAGGUGACGGUGUCGCCUGCCAUAACCUCGGAAGCCUAUGUCAGCAGCAUGCUCUUCUGCCUGGGCAUCUUCCUCUCCUUCUAUGUCCUCACGCUGCUCAUCGCCUGCUGGGAGAGCUGCCGGCAGCAGAAGAGGAAGGGGCUCCUGGCAGCCAUGGACUCGCCCAGCCUGGACACGGGGCAUGCCCGCAGCAUCCCUGACUCCUUCCUGGGCCAUGCUCCCUAUGACAGCUACGGUUACGGCUCCUUCGGGAACGGUUCCUCCGGCAGCACCGAGGGCGUCACGGACAGCAUGGGCUCGGCAGAAGUCCCCUAUGGCUACGUGGGGGAGCGGUCGCUGGAGAACGUGGCCGGCCGGCCGCGCCUGGACUCGCUCAGCUCCGUUGAGGAGGACGACUACGACACGCUGGCCGACAUCGACUACGACAAGAACGUCAUCCGCACCAAGCAAUACCUCUGUGUGGCCGACCUGGCCCGCAAGGACAAGCGGGUGCUGCGCAAGAAGUACCAGAUCUACUUCUGGAACAUCGCCACCAUCGCUGUCUUCUAUGCCCUCCCCGUUAUCCAGCUCGUCAUCACCUACCAGACGGUGGUGAAUGUCACCGGCAACCAGGACAUCUGCUACUACAACUUUCUGUGCGCCCACCCGCUGGGGAACCUCAGCGCCUUCAACAACAUCCUCAGCAACCUGGGCUACGUCCUGCUGGGCUUGCUCUUCCUGCUCAUCAUCCUGCAGCGGGAGAUCAACUACAACCGGGCGCUCAUGCGCAACGACACCCACGCCCUGGAGUGCGGCAUCCCCAAGCACUUUGGGCUCUUCUACGCUAUGGGCACCGCCCUCAUGAUGGAGGGGCUGCUCAGCGCUUGCUACCACGUCUGCCCCAACUACACCAAUUUCCAGUUCGACACCUCCUUCAUGUACAUGAUUGCGGGGCUCUGCAUGCUGAAGCUCUACCAGAAGCGUCACCCGGACAUCAAUGCCAGUGCCUACAGCGCCUACGCCUGCCUGGCCCUCGUCAUCUUCUUCUCCGUCGUCGGUGUGGUCUUCGGCAAGGGGAACACAGCCUUCUGGAUCGUCUUCUCUGUCAUCCACAUUGUGGCCACCCUGCUGCUGAGCACCCAGCUCUACUACAUGGGGCGCUGGAAGCUGGACUCGGGCAUCCUGCGUAGGAUCUUGCACGUGCUGUACACGGACUGCGUCCGGCAGUGCAGCGGGCCCAUGUACGUGGAUCGAAUGGUGCUCUUGGUGAUGGGAAACAUCGUCAACUGGUCACUUGCUGCCUACGGCCUCAUCGUCCGCCCCAAUGACUUUGCUUCCUACCUGCUGGCCAUCGGCAUCUGCAACCUUCUCCUCUACUUCGCCUUCUACAUCAUCAUGAAGCUCCGCAGCGGCGAGCGCAUCAAGCUCAUCCCCUUGCUCUGCAUCGUUGGCACCUCAGUGGUCUGGGGCUUCGCCCUCUUCUUCUUCUUCCAGGGGCUCAGCACCUGGCAGAAAACGCCGGCCGAGUCCCGGGAGCACAACCGCAACUGCAUCCUGCUUGACUUCUUUGACGACCAUGACAUUUGGCACUUCCUCUCCUCCAUUGCCAUGUUCGGCUCUUUCCUGGUGCUGCUGACGCUGGACGAUGACCUGGACUGCGUCCAGCGGGACAAGAUCUAUGUCUUCUAGGGGCCCGCAGCCGCCCGCUGCCCCGGCCCCGUGCCAAAUGCCUGGCCGCAGCCCCCGGGGAGGGAUGCCCGUGCUGCGGGUCCCGCCAGCCACUCCGUCCCCCUCCCCGCGCAGUCCUGGGAUCCCGACGUGCCUCCUUCCCGUCGGCCGGGUGUCCCCCCCCACCGGUGUUGCAUGCCCGUCCACGGGCUUGUCGUAGCCGGAAGGGGGACUGGGGGGUCCGCCAGGGCACCUUGUCUUCGGUGGCGAGUGACACUGGAAAAGGUGCUGCUGCUGCUCUGGGUCCGUGCACCCCGGCGCAGUGGGGCCGGGGCGAGUGCUAUGCUAGCAGCCCCGUGGCCCCCCCCAGGCACGCGGGUGGGGGGGUCUCUCUUCAGUGCCUGAGUCGUAUGGGUGGGAGGUGGGGAGGGGGGGUGUGUCCGGCGCAGUGGCUGGGGAGGCCCUGCUCACGUCUCCCUCAGCAUCCCCAGAGGGUGGGGUGGCCACUGGGUGCCCCCUGUCACCGCUCCCCUCCAAGGCUGCCACCUGCUCGCCACGCGUGGGUCUGCUGGGAAGGGACUCGCAUUAAAGUGUCUGCACUUUGCCAGUGCCUGCCGCCUCCUGCCUGGGCAGUGGGAGCCCGGGGGGCAGUGGGGGUCCCCGGGGGGGGCAGCGGGCUCUGCCCUGCCGGCCUGCCACUGGAUGUCAGCCACGCUUUGCUGCGGCGGUGGCUUCUCCUUUCCACCAGGGCUUGGGGAGAGGGAAGAUGGCACAGGGGCUGGGCAGGGCUGCUGCCGCCCUCCUGCCCCGCAGACCCCCUAUGCUGUGGGGGGUGCCGUGGUGCCAGAGCAGCAAGGCUGGCAGCCUCGGGGUGGGGGGGGGUUAGGGGUGCGCAGGGAGGUCCCGAUUCACGGGCAGUGAGGGUGCUGGGGCUCCCCUUGGCAUCCCAGCCCGGUGCCAGGGCUGCUGCACGCCUCACUGUGCCCUGGCCCAUGCGAGCAGGCCGUGCCCGGCUGGGGCAGAGGGAAUCCGGGGGAUGCCCACGGGAUGCCCAGGCAUGAUGCUGUGCUUGCGGGAUGCCCGCAGCCUCGCUGCUCUGCCCUGACCAGGGCACGCUGUGGGUUGCGGGGGCCGCCCAGGAAGCCCCGCUCGGCUGCCCCAGCUCCCCGGCAGUGAGCACACGGGGAAAUCAGCCAUGAAGUCAGGGCAGAAACCCUCGACGGCUGCCGCAGCCAAGCGAGCGCUUGGCUAUAAAAGGACUUACUCCAUCAGCCCCCCGGCCCCGUUCCCUCCCUGCCCCCAAACCCGCUGGGGUGGAGGCACGCGGGGAAUGCUUGGGCAUGGGCCUGAGUCACUGAUUUUCGGAGUCUUUCCCCAAAUAUGGUGCCUGGGCCGGAGUCACUGUGCGCUACGAGGCUGGCGUGCCCCAGGAGGGAGGGCGGGGGGGCCUGGCCCCCAGACCGCGCUGACAUCACUGUCCCAGCGCCGGCCUUUUAGCACACGGUCAGCCUCCUAACUGUGCAGUGUGCUGGCUCCCACGCAGAGCAUCACCCCUCGCCUCCGUGAGCAGCUGCUUGUAAGUCCUGCUGGGGCGGGGGGGACAGUGGGGAGGGUGCCCAGGGUGGGGACGCCAGCCCCUGGCAUGGAUCUGUUGCUCCCCAGGAUGGGGACCCUGUGCCUGGGAUGGCGAUGCUGCUCCCGGGACUGCCAGCCUGCUCCCCGGAUGGGGAUUCUGCUCCUCCGAUUGGGAUGCCGCUCCCCGGGAUUGGGAUUCCGCUCCCUGGAUGGGGAUGUUGCUCCUUGGAUUGCAACACUGCUCUCCGGACGCGGGUCGGGCUCCCCAGGAGGGGAAGCUGAGGCUUGGGCUGGGGACACUGCCCGGGGUUCUGGGCUGCUCCUGCUCCUCAGGACUGUGUUGCUGUUAGGGCUGCGCGGCUGCGGGUCAGCUGGGCUCAGCCCCUGCGGUGGCCGGAGCGGCCAUGUGGGGCUCAGGGCAGUGCUGAGGCUCCAGCCCCUGCUGACCCCUUUCUGCCCUGUGCCUCGGCGGGGAUGGGAGAUGGGCACAGGCUGCCUGCGAGGCAUGUGGGGUACCUCUGUGUCACCCGUGGGGUGCCUC